UUUAAAGAAAAGAUCAACUGUCAACGUGAUUCUCAAGUCCCCAGUUUCAGUGCUUCCCUGAGAGCUGCAAAUAGCCUGAGUGCCCGCGACAAUUACAUCUCCAACUACUCACUUUAACGUGCAAAUCCAAGCUUAAUCACAUCCUUAAUCACUGCUGAAGCUACUCUAAAUCAUGAUGAUUCUUUCACCAAUUUAAUCCGUUUGGAUAGUUGGGUUCAGAAAAAUCUCAAUGGGAGCCAUUUCUGGGAUCCUCCCUGUCUAUCACCUUGUUUCUCCGGUCUCAUUUGACAAGAAUGUUUCGAAUUUGUGUCUCCUGCAGAAUCCUCUAAUCUUUCCGAGCACCUGUAGAAGGAAAAGAAGAUUUUCGUAUAGUGGCAAUUGGCAAUUCAAGCCAAGAACCAUUGUUUUAUCAAAUACGGAUGAUUCUAAUGAUACCUUCACAAGUAUGGUCAACAAUGGAGAUGGUCUUUCAUCAAAGGGAGCUGAAGUGUCGGAGGAUGAAGAAAAUGAAUUAAUGACAGCUAAGAAAGCUCUUUCUGAGGCUCAAGCCACACAGGAAGCUAUGGAGAAAGAAAGAGAUCAGUUGCUUGAAGAGUUGGCUCGAUCAGAGGCUAAACAACAGGAGCAUGUGGCUACUAUAUUGCAUGACAAGGAAUUGGCUAUUGCAGAGUUGGAGGCCACUAAAUCACUGUUUCAUCGGAAGCUGCAGGAGACGGCAUUAGAGAAGUUCAGUUUGGAAUCUAAGCUGGUCCUUGCAAAACAAGAUGCUAUUGAACUUGCAGUACAAGUUGAAAGGUUAGCAGAGAUUGCUUUUCAGCAAGCAACAUCUCACAUACUAGAAGAUGCCCAUGUGAGGGUAUUAGCUGCUGAAACUUCUGCUGCUGAAGCAGCUUUUCAGAUUGAAGAACAAAUUAGGAAUGCAACUGAAGGUACCAUAUUGUCAGUUGUUGAACAGUCAAAAGAUGCUAUACAGAGGGCCCUGGACAUGGCAGAAAAUGCUGGUGACUAUGCAAAAAAAGCUGUGGCAAUCUUUACUGAUGGUUUUAAUCCAGUUGAUGAGAUUGCUUCCAUCAAAUCAGAAAAUAUUAGUUUACGAGGUGUUGUAAAUGAUUUAGAAUCUCAGCUGUUGAUUAAGAGAAGUGAGGUUGAUAAGUUGAAGAUUGAGUUGGACCAUGUCCAUGCAAAAGCAAAUGCCUCUGAACUCCGAGCUCAUGAUGCUGAGAAAGCAUUGCUUGAAUUUCAGGAGUCAAACAGGAAAAUGAAUCUCGUGAGAGAGGAGGAAGUUAGCUCUUUUCUAGAGAAAAUAAAGAAGGAUGCUGUAGAAAAGAAGAAGGCUGCGUCCAAGGCUUUUAAGGUUGAGCUGGAAAGCAUCAAAGCUGCCAUUGAUGCUGCUAAAGAAACAGCAUGCUCAAGGGAAAAUGCCUACAUGAGGAGAUGUGAAUCAUUACAGAGAUCAUUAAGGGCCUCCGAAGUGGCUUUAAAGGCAUGGAGGCAAAGAGCAGAAAUGGCUGAGUCACUAUUUUUAAAGGAUGAAAAGGAUGAAGAUGCCAUAUUUAUUGUCAAUGGUGGGCGCAUAGAUCUUAUGACAGAUGAUGAUUCACAAAAAUGGAAACUUUUGAGUGAUGGUCCUCGUAGAGAGCAACCUGGAUGGAUGGCGAGAAGGAUCCGGACCAUCUGUCCCAAGUUCCCACCAAGAAAGGUUGAUGUAUCUGAAGCAUUAACAUCAAAACUAAGACAUCUGGAUUUACCCAAACCUGAUGAAGUAUGGUCAGUUGCUCAAGAAAAGCCCAAGGAAGGGGAUACACUCGUUGAGCAUGUAAUUGAGAAAGAAACGAUAGAGAAGAAGAGAAAGGCCUUAGAACAGACUCUUCAACGGAAGACCAUAAAAUGGCAGAGGACCCCAGAAUGUACAAAAUUAGAACCAGGAACUGGAACAGGGCGAGAGAUUGUGUUUCAAGGUUUCAACUGGGAAAGCUGGAGAAGACGGUGGUAUAUGGAGUUAGCUCCUAAAGCUGCUGAUUUAUCUCAAUGUGGGGUAACGGCAGUGUGGUUCCCUCCGCCCACAGAAUCUGUUGCUCCUCAAGGUUAUAUGCCUUCGGAUCUCUACAACUUGAACUCAGCAUAUGGUUCUGUGGAAGAACUGAAAUACUGUAUAGAGGAAAUGCAUUCUCAUGAUCUUCUCGCCUUGGGAGAUGUUGUACUAAAUCAUCGAUGUGCACAUAAACAGAGUCCAAAUGGUGUUUGGAAUAUUUUUGGUGGAAAGCUUGCAUGGGGGCCAGAAGCAAUUGUUUGUGAUGAUCCCAAUUUCCAGGGUCGUGGAAAUCCUUCAAGUGGUGAUAUCUUCCAUGCAGCUCCAAACAUUGAUCAUUCUCAAGACUUUGUACAAAGGGACAUAAAGGUGUGGCUAAAUUGGCUUCGAAAUGAUAUUGGUUUUGAUGGGUGGCGCCUCGACUUUGUAAGAGGUUUUUCUGGAACAUAUUUUAAGGAAUAUAUUGAAGCUUCAAAUCCUGCAUUUGCUAUUGGAGAAUAUUGGGAUAGUUUAUCUUAUGAACAUGGUAGCCUGUGUUACAAUCAAGAUGCUCAUCGGCAAAGGAUAGUCAAUUGGAUCAAUGCCACAGGUGGUACUUCCUCAGCAUUUGAUGUCACAACAAAGGGGAUACUCCACUCUGCUCUGCAUAAUGAAUAUUGGAGGUUAAUAGAUCCUCUAGGAAAACCAACAGGAGUGAUGGGAUGGUGGCCUUCACGUGCUGUCACAUUUUUAGAGAACCAUGAUACAGGAUCAACACAGGGUCAUUGGCCAUUUCCACGAGAUAAACUGACGCAAGGAUAUGCAUAUAUUUUGACCCAUCCUGGAACGCCAACGAUAUUUUACGACCAUUUCUAUGAUUUUGGUAUCCGAGAUAUCAUCACUGAGCUGGUUGAGGCUCGAAGGCAGGCUGGUAUCCACUGCCGCAGCUCAGUCAAGAUAUACCAUGCAAACAAUGAAGGUUAUGUUGCACAGAUUGGUGAUACACUGGCCAUGAAGCUUGGGCAUUUUGAUUGGAAUCCCUCAAAGGAAAAUAAUAUGGAUGGAAGCUGGCAAAAGUUUCUUGAUAAAGGAUCAGAUUAUCAGAUAUGGUUAAGACAAUAGUCUGACUAAAGAAGGAAAAAUAAAUAAAUUUUCCCUAUCAUUGCUCAAAGUAAUAAUCAAUAAUUUCAACCUUCUUCUUUCAGAGGUUCACCCCUGAUUUAGAGACGAUUUAAUAUGUUAAAUUUUUUAUUUCCUUUGAAUAAACUCCAUGUUUAUUUGACAUGCUGUACCAAAUAAGAGGUUCAGCCAAAUCUUCCUUAAAUUGGAUCAACUUUAGUUUGUCUUGUUGA